UCCCAAAAAAUUGCACGUAGCUAUAGUAGUGUUGUUAUUACUUAAUUAAUUAUUAAUGGCACCCCCAAGCAGGCCCAAAAGGGUUGUGCAAAUGGAGGAUAAUAUUGAAGGGGAAGAUGAGCAUGAUGAGAUGAGGAAGAAUGUGGUUAGAGCUUUGCCAUUCUUUAAAUUGUUGAGCUAUGCUGACUUUGUGGAUUGGAUUCUUAUGGGUUUGGGAACUUUAGGUUCAAUAGUGCAUGGCAUGGCACUUCCUGUUGGCUAUUUGUUGUUAGGAAAAGCUCUUAAUGCUUUUGGAAACAAUAUUCAUGACACUAAUGCUAUGGUUCAUGCUCUUAAAAAGGUUGUUCCAUUUGUGUGGUACAUGGCCAUCGCCACAUUUCCUGCUGGGGUACUUGAGAUUGGUUGUUGGAUGUAUGCAAGUGAAAGACAGUUAUCACGCCUAAGAUUAGCAUAUCUAAAAGCAGUCCUCAGCCAAGAGAUAGGUGCUUUUGAUACAGAAUUAACAAGUGGAAAAGUCAUUACUGGAAUAAGCAAACACAUGAGUGUCAUACAAGAUGCCACAGGUGAGAAGUUGGGUCACUUCACCUCAAGCUGUGCAACUUUCUUGGCUGGAAUUGUGAUUGCUGCUAUAUCAUGUUGGGAAGUGGCACUUCUAUGUUUAGUUGUUGUCCCCCUUAUUCUUAUAAUUGGGGCAAUUUACACUAAGAAAAUGAACACCAUUUCAACCACCAAAUUGUAUUAUCAUUCUGAAGCCACAUCUAUGAUAGAGCAGACAAUUUCACAAAUAAAAACAGUAUAUGCUUUUGUUGGAGAAGGCUUGGCAGUCAAAUCCUUCACAGAGAACAUGGAUAAACAGUAUGUCAUAAGCAAAGGGGAGGCACUUGUGAAGGGAGUUGGAACAGGGAUGUUACAAACUGUGAGUUUUUGUUCUUGGUCUCUGAUUAUAUGGGUCGGAGCUGUUGUCGUCAAAUCCGGGAGAGCAAAGGGAGGAGAUAUAAUAACUGCAGUAAUGAGUAUUCUUUUUGGUGCCAUAUCUAUCACUUAUGCAGCACCAGACAUGCAAAUAUUCAAUCAGGCAAAAGCUGCUGGAUAUGAGGUUUUCCAAGUGAUCCAAAGAAAGCCACUAAUAAAUAAUGAAUCAAAAGGGAAGAUUCCUACGAAGAUUAAAGGUUACAUUGAGCUCCGAGAUGUUUACUUUUCAUACCCGUCACGGCCAGAGAAAUCUAUCCUUCAAGGACUGUCAUUGUCCAUACCAGCAGGAAAGACAGUAGCUCUAGUUGGUAGCAGUGGCUGUGGAAAGAGCACUGUUAUUUCCCUGAUAACUAGGUUUUAUGACCCCACUAAAGGAGAAAUUCUUAUUGACAGUCAUAAUAUCAAGGAUCUUGAUCUGAAGUUCCUUCGGAGUAAUAUAGGGGCUGUUUACCAAGAACCAUCUCUUUUUACGGGCACAAUCAAGGAUAACUUGAAACUCGGAAAAAUGGAUGCAAAUGAUGAUGAGAUUCGAAAGGCAGCAGUGAUGUCCAAUGCACUCUCUUUCAUAUCACAGCUUCCUAAUCAGUACCUAACUGAGGUAGGACAAAGGGGAGUCCAAGUAUCAGGAGGUCAGAAACAGAGAAUUGCAAUUGCAAGAGCCAUUCUGAAAAAUCCUCCAAUUCUUUUGCUUGACGAGGCCACAAGUGCCCUUGACUCAGAGUCGGAAAAGCUGGUUCAAGAAGCCCUUGAAACAGCUAUGCAGGGAAGGACUGUCAUCUUGAUUGCACACAGGCUCUCAACAGUUGUAAAUGCAGAUAUGAUUGCUGUGGUGGAGAAUGGACAAAUUGUAGAGACAGGAACACACCAGAGUUUGUUAGACACAAGCAAAUUCUACAGUACGUUAUUCAGCAUGCAGAACCCUGAACCAGUUCCUGAACUAAGAACUACAACUUCCAAAAAUAAAAGUGUCCGCCAAGAAGACAAUACUGAUGAAACUAGACCACUACCAGAGAUACCGAGAGAGGUCCAAAGAAAUCUUAAAGAGCACUCUGAACUUAAGGAUCAGAACCAGACGAACAUAAGAGAAGAAAGUAUAUUUUUCAGAAUUUGGUUUGAUUUUAAAAAGAAGGAGCUGGUGAAGAUUGUGAUUGGCUCGUUUGCUGCAGCUUUCUCUGGCAUCUCAAAGCCGUUUUUUGGGUUCUACAUCAUCACCAUUGGAGUAGCAUACUUCAAAGAAGAUGCAAUACAAAAAGUUGGACUAUUCUCAGCCAUCUUCUCUGGAAUAGGGUUGCUUUCAUUAUUUAGCCACACCUUCCAACAUUAUUUCUUUGGAAUGGUUGGAGAAAAGGCAAUGGCGAAUUUCAGAAGUGCUUUGUAUUCAGGUGUGAUUCAUAAUGAAGUAGGCUGGUUUGACAAAUCAGAGAACACUGUUGGUUCAUUAACUUCACGCAUUAUCAGCGAUACUUCCCUGGUCAAAAUCAUAAUUGCCGAUCGCAUGUCCGUCAUUGUGCAAUGUGUAUCCUCCAUACUUAUAGCAACAGUUGUUAGCAUGGCUGUCAACUGGAGAAUGGGUUUGGUAGCAUGGGCUGUGAUGCCUUGCCACUUCAUAGGUGGUCUCAUUCAAGCCAAGUCAGCCAAAGGAUUUUCAGGUGACUACUCUGCUUCACAUUCAGAGCUUGUUGCUCUUGCAUCUGAGUCCACCACCAACAUAAGGACUAUUGCAUCAUUUUGUCAUGAAGAACAAGUACUGAAGAAAGCCAAAAUAUUUUUGGACAUUCCAAAGAAAAAGUACAGGAAAGAAAGUAUCAAAUAUGGCAUCAUUCAAGGCUUCUCCCUUUGCUUGUGGAACAUUGCACACGCUGUUGCUUUGUGGUACACUACAAUUCUGGUUGACAGACGUCAAGCUACCUUUGAAAACGGAAUAAGAUCAUACCAAAUUUUUUCUCUCACAGUUCCUUCUAUCACUGAAUUAUACACACUGAUCCCAACUGUCAUCACUGCCAUCAAUAUACUAACCCCAGCAUUCAAAACCCUUGACCGUAAAACUGAAAUUGAACCAGAUAUACCAGAUAUACUGGAUGAUUCCCAAGCCGAGAGGAUAAAAGGAACUGUCGAAUUUGAAAAUGUAAAAUUCACUUACCCUUCGAGACCUGCAGUCACUGUUCUUGACGAUUUCAGUUUACAAAUUGAAGCUGGAUCUAAGGUGGCUUUUGUAGGACCAAGUGGCGCUGGAAAAUCAUCUGUUUUGGGCCUUUUAUUAAGAUUUUAUGAUCCAGUGGUGGGAAAAGUAUUAAUUGAUGGGAAAGACUUGAGGGAAUAUAAUCUAAGAUGGUUAAGGACACGGAUAGGUCUGGUACAACAAGAGCCACUGCUUUUUAACUGCUCAAUUAGAGAUAAUAUUUGCUAUGGCAACAGUGGAGCUUCAGAAAGUGAAAUAGUGGAGGUUGCUAGAGAAGCUAAUAUACAUGAAUUUAUAAGUAAUCUACCAAAUGGAUAUAACACUGUUGUUGGAGAGAAAGGUUGUCAGCUUUCAGGAGGACAAAAGCAAAGAAUAGUCAUUGCCAGAACCUUAAUAAAGAAGCCAGCAAUAUUACUCCUUGAUGAAGCAACAAGUGCUCUCGAUGCUGAGUCCGAAAGAAUUAUAGUAAAUGCUAUUAAAGCAAUGAAUCUGAAGGAAGAGAGUGGUUUGUGUUCAAGAAUCACCCAGAUCACAGUAGCUCAUAGACUUUCCACAGUCAGAAACUCGGAUACCAUAUUCGUCAUGGAAAAAGGUAAAAUUGUAGAAACAGGCUCCCACUCAACCCUGAUAGCAGUGGAUGCAGGACUUUAUUCAAGAUUAUUCAGUCUGCAGAGGUUUGAAGAAACCUCAUAGGUUAAUGGUUCUACAAAGAUCUGGUAUCUGAAAAAACAUACUUGUAUCAUUCCACAAAACUAGGUUUUUUUCUUAAAUUUUUUCUCUGAUGAAAUCAAAUAUAGUCAGAAUAUAUGCCAAGAAAUAUAGUUUGAUGACAUGAAAUAAAAGAUAGAUCGUGGACUUGGAUGAAGUAAA